AAAUGAAAUUUAUUGUUUUAUUGUCUCUAUUAUUUGUCGCUAUUAUAUGUUCUACAACUGAAAAAGAAUAACAAUAUAAUUUAGGAGGAUGGAUUAGACAAAGUAAUAGAUAAUGGGUUAACUCCGAUAUUGUAUAAAUAGCAUUAAAAUUAUGUCCUGCUCCACCAGGAUUUAAAAAAAGUUUAUCAAAAAUUGAAAUAUAAGUUGUUGCUGGAAGAAAAUAUAGAUUCCUUAUUAAAACUGAAAAUUUAAAAUUAUAAGAACGUGGAUAAUUAAACAUAUAACUUUAUGAAGAUCUUUAAGAACAUAUUGAAUUAUAAUAAUGCUAAUAAUCAUUAGUAGCUUUUUGAUUAUCUUAAUUUUUAAAAUAAAAAUUAUUAUAACAUAAAAAUAAAUUAUUAUUUUUUAUUUUAAUCUAAAUAAUUUUUUUCGUUUAAAAAUAGUUAUAGAAAUAAAAA